AUGGCAACUGGUGGCUGCGAGGCUGCUGCUCCGGUCGGCAGACCUCGCCUCGUCAAGACGCCGUCGGGGAACCCGCUGCCCCGGCGGAGGGGCCAGGUCAAGGAGAGGAUCGUCAGGGACAUUGCGGAUGCCCUGGCCACGGCGGCGGUCCUCGCCUGCGGCGUCCGGACGGUCGCGGGCGCGGGCAAGAAAGGCGAAGGGGGCAGGGCGCCCGCCGCGACCGCGUCGCCAUCUCCCGGUGUCAAGAAGAGAUGA